UGGUUGUGUGUCAGUUUCGCUGGGACCCGCGGUCGAUGCCGGUGAGGAGGGGGAUGGGCGCCUCUGCGAAUGUAAGGACCCGAGACAGAAUCAGAGCCCUGUAUCACAUACAGCAGCAUAUACCCCAUUAUAAAUAGCGACUGUAAAUAUACAAUACACUAAAAUAAAUGGAUUUACUCACCGGGGAUCUAUUAUAGACACUCAAUGGAUGCAGUGCACCUGAGCAGGACGGGGAAUUUAACUUUCCACCUAUGCGUGGGAGACACUGAGAAGUUUGUUUCCUACCCCUGGAGAGGGAGCUACUUUUGAGGGCAAAGGAUACAGGAGACUCCGAGGCCGAAUUCUAGGCCUACUUGGUCUGGUUGGAAUUGAUGUUGGGAUACUCUAAGGACUUCAUACUAUACAUGAAUUUGCCUCGUUUUUAUAACUUUGGAAUGCCUCUUUAGGUCCCCCAUGACCGUGAGCCGUGGGCUACGGCUCGGCGGCGCCCCACCUCUGGAGCGGUCUGUCUGUGUAGCUGGGACCCUGUGAUUCCCCUCCCCACCUCUUCUCCUCCCCCCCAUCCCAUCCUGCCCCUCCCCUCCCCCUCCCUCUCCUCCUCCCCCCUCUUCCCCCCCUCCCACGCGUCGCUGUGCUGGACGACAUGAGCAUAGUAAUCGCGCUGGGAGUCACCACACCUGAAACGUCUUACUCAGAUAUGGCUGCUGGAUCAGACCCUGAGUCAGUUGAAGCAAGCCCUGCAGUGAAUGAGAAAAACUUCAACAACCACAGCUGUGGGAGUGCACAGAGUCAUGGGUAUCGGGGACUACCAUAUGCUAUGCAACAGUCUUCCGUUGUGUGUUGUCAGGAUCACAACUAUGGCGCGCCCCCUCCCCCCACCCCACCCGCCUCCCCGCUCUCCCAAACCAUCAUUCCCCGCAUGGAUCUCAACGGCGUGGUACGCAGCUCCCGCUAUCACGAAACUGCUGAGGACAACUCAGCCGACAGCGACAGCUCCUCAGAGGAGGACGGCGCCGUGGCCAGCUGGUGUCACUGCAGCCUGACGCCAGACGACCUGCUCAUCAAAUGUGAUAACUGCAGAGGACUGGACAGGAGGAAAGGCGCAGAAGGGCAGCACAGAAAAGCAGAAAAUGUCUCAGCUGGAGAGAGCAGUGCAACAGAGAGUGGUGAUGAAGAGGUAUCACCCUCCACCAUCUCCUAUACGGCCACCCAGCAUACGCCCACUAGUAUCAAGCUCACUGUCAACCGGGUCAAAAGGAGCAAAUCCAAAAAGAGGAAGAAGAGCACGGAAAAGGCCCGUGGAACGCCGAAGGGCAAGAAAGUUAAGGCUUUUAGAGAGGGUUCUAGAAAAUCCAUGAGGAUGAAGAACUCAACCACAGAGGCGAAUGUGCUGGAUGAGAACACAGCAGAGGGAUGGGAGAGCAGAAUCCGCCAGUGGACUGACCAGUACGAGGAAGCUCUGGCCAAUCAGUACAGCGCCGAUGUCCAGACGCUGCUCCAGCUUCACCGAGCUCCCAGCACCACCGUCUCAAAAGCAGAGAGCGGCACCACCACGCCGCCUUCCAGCGCACAGAUUCACGUCUCGGUCGACGCCAUGGACACAAUCAAUCGCACAGAGCUGGCCUGUAACAACACGGUGCUGGGCUCACAGAUGCAGCUGCAGCUCGGCCGGGUAACACGUGUGCAGAAACACAGGAAAAUCCUCCGAGCGGCCAAGAACCUGGAGCCAGACACACUCAUCAUCGAAUAUCGGGGGAAAGUCAUGCUCAAGCAGCAGUUUGAAGUCAACGGGCACUUCUUCAAAAAACCCUACCCUUUUGUGCUGUUCUACUCAAAAUUUAACGACGUAGAGAUGUGUGUUGAUGCAAGGACCUUUGGAAAUGAUGCCCGAUUCAUCAGGAGAUCCUGUACACCCAAUGCAGAGGUUCGGCAUAUGAUUGCUGAAGGCAUGAUCCAUCUGUGUAUCUAUGCCGUCAGCCAGAUCACCAAGGACGCUGAGGUCACCAUUGGAUUUGACUACGAGUUCAAUAGCUGCAAUUACAAAGUGGACUGUGCCUGCCAUAAGGGCAACCAGAACUGCCCGGUGCAGAAGCACAACCUGAGCCCCAGGGAGAGUUUGCUGAGUCCCCCCUCCUUGCCGCCUCCCUCCCCUCUGGUUGGUGCUGAGACCCGACGGAGAAAAGCUCGGAGGAGAGAACUGGAGGGCGGUCUGGCUGGUGACAGCAACCAGACCCUGGACCAGCAACAGGAGGCCAAAGAUCUACAGGGGAGCAGUGACACGGAGGAGAGGCUGCUGGAUGAGGUUAAGGUGGAGGAGGGAGAGGAAGGAGAGGUGGAUGAAAACGGACUCAUCAUCUCCAGUAAAAGAACUUUCAACAGCUUGGACAGGAGGAGGAGGAAAGUAGGAGGAGCAGAUGUAAAGGAGGAGGGUGUAGAAACUGAGGAUGGGGCAGGAAACCCCACAGGAAACACCCCUGUAUCUCACAGUACUGGUGUGGGGGUCAGCACACGACGCACCACCUAUGUCAUGGAAGUGCCAUCUAUUGAAGAAAAGGCCUCAUUACCCAACCUGCCCGCACCAGUUGUUCCCCCUAAACCUGCGAGGCCUACCAAGCCUCGGCCUAAAAGUCGGAUAUCUCGCUACCGGUCGAGCUCAUCCCAGCGUGCCCGGCGGCAGCGACAAGCCCUGGCCCAGCAGGCUGCGGCGGCUGCUGCUGCAGCAGCGAUGGCAGCUACUCCUACAUCAACCGAUCAGGGCGUCACUCUGGUUGAGGAGGGUUCUCAGGGCCCGUAUGGUGCUGAACAUGGCCACGGGGAGAGCAGCCUGGGAGGUCAUCUCCUAGAUGGAGAUGGUCAGGGCCUAAACUGCAUAAACAGAGGCAACCUACGCUACCCCAAGACCAAGAAGUACCUGGUGACAGAGUGGUUGAACGACAAGAUCCCUGGAGGGGAGAGGGUCAACCAGGAGGUGCCCGUUGAGCGCCCGCUGAGGAUAACCACUGACCCCACGGUGCUGGCCACCACCCUCAACAUGCUUCCAGGCCUCUCCCACUCAUCGCUCAUCUGCACCACACCCAGACACUACGUCCGCUUCGGCUCCCCGUUCAACCCCGAGACCCGCCGGCCUCGUCCACUGCAAAUGGACGGCACUUAUGGCUGCUACAAAAAGAGAUGGAUCAAGCAGGUGGAGGAUGAGAGCUGCUCAGCCAGUGUAGAGGACGGCACGGAGUCCACCUCCUCCCAGCAAAGUACCAGUAGCAGAUCCACCCCCAACCCUCUGUGUAGCGAACUCAACGCACCGUUUAAAAAGCGCCGCUCCAAGUAUAUGACAGAGGCCACACCAGCACCUUCAGACCACCUGCUUCGCCCGCUGUCGCCCAUCACGCCGCCGCUCCCAGAGGACUCCCUCCACCCGUUGCUCCACCCUCCCUCUCUGCUGCCCAAUGGCUUGGUCUACUCACCCAUGCCCUCACUGCCCGCCAGCCGCUGCAACACGCCACUGCAAUUCGAAAACAUAUCAUCUCCCGAGGCUUCUCCUGUCCACAGGCCGGAGUCCAUCUCUCCAGAGCCGUGUCUUCAGACAGACUUUGACGUCUCUCGGCCUCAGUUCCCGGACUUGUCGCUCCCCUCCAGCUUGGAGAGCCCCGUGGCCGUGACCUCGGAUGACUUCUCACUUCCUUCAGGCCAAGACUCCCAGGGCCCGUCGUCUGUAGGGACCAGUUCUCUUAACCCAGUGUCAUGCCCUUCCUCAGACCUAAACCCCCAAAACAGGGAGCAGGCCUUCAGGACAGAGUUCAACCUCAUAUACACCUGCUCGCCCCUCAACGCAAACCUGGGGAACCCCGUGGCCACCGACCGGCGCCUCUCUCAGUCAGAAGGAGGCUUUUCCCCCGCUGAGUCCUUCCACAGUUCCAUAAGCUGCCAGGGACUCGUUGGAGACGUGGGCCCUGGCUCCAUGUCGCCCUUCGGGGAGCCCCAUUACAUAGGAGGCUACCCAGACAGUGGCACGCCUCCUCACACCAGCAACCCUCCGCAAAAGAAGAAGGUGUCUUUGCUGGAGUACCGUAAGAGGAAACAGGGCCGCGACCCGGAGCCGGCCGGCAGCAGCUCCUCUCUCGCCGGCACCCCCACCCGCCCCGCCCCCCACUACAGCAAGGACUCCCAUCAUCCUCCUCACCCCCAUCAGCAGAAGCAGCCCCCGGCCUCCCCGCACAGCUCCUUCUCCUCCUCGGCUCUCACCGCCUCUAUCCCACAGAUAGAGGAGGUCAGUCCUCCGGAGCCCCAGGGGCCCCCAGUGCAGUCCAGACGGCAGGACAGCAACAACCAGUGGAUGGUCCCCACCACCGUUGAACGUCUCCGAGAAGGUCAGGGGGUUCGGGAGCGAGUGCUGAGAAACAUCAAGAUGGAGCGGAUGUACAAGAGGAGUGACGGCUCCACGGAGAAGGAUUCUGAUGCAGAUCGAUAUGAGCUGCAGGCAGCGUCCAUGGCUUCUCCCAUGAAGAGUCCACACAGAUACAGUCCCUCUGUGUACUCUCACCAGUCGAUAGACGGCCACCGACAGACCGACAGCCCGUCGUUCCUACAGCAAACCUCCAGCUCUCCAUUCCGGGGUUCCUACAGUCCCUCAUCAGGCCAGAGCUUCUACCCUCGUCUCUCCUCCUCCCACCCAGGACUCUCCCAGGACAACCCUCCCACCUCCUACCUGAGUCCCGGCCCCGCCUCCUCCUCAGACUCCCGGCCGCCAACCGGCUCGCUACACCAGCAGAGUGGCAGCACUAACGUGGACGGAGGCCACGGCUACAGCGGCAGCCACCUAAAGGCCAGCCUUUUGAACAGUGGCCUGACGGGGGCUUCUGCCCCGGGAUCCAGAGCCCACGGGCAAACUAAAGUAGACUCAGGCGCCCCGGGCUCCAGAGGGAGUCAGCAACAGGCGUCUCGCGGCCUGAAGUCGGGCAGUCCGGGCCAGGCGGCGCUGCAGGCCGGCUCCAGGCUGCUGUCGGCCUCCGGACCGACACACUACCCACAGCGAGGGACAAGCCUCAGUCAGUUCCAGCACUCCCCCCUCCAGGGACCCGGAGUAAGGACACAGUCAGGAAGCUUUUAGGACCUUGUUCCAGUGUGUAUGUGUGUGUGUGUGUGUGUGUGUGUGUGUGAGUGUGUAUGAAGCUGAGAACCUCCUCAGACCCCCAAAAGCUGCAGUGGAUGGGGAGUUUGGGGAGGGCAAAAUGUACAGACCUAGGAGGAGCAAGGACUUCUUAACGGAUUUCUCCUUUUCUUAUUUUCUGUCUUUUCUUUCUUUAUUUUCAGAGAAAAAACAAAUUACCACACUCUGCACAAAGAUUAAUCAUUGACUUUGAACAUCAUCAUGGAAUCAGUGGAAAGAGCGAUUUGGACGACACAUUCUGAAAAAAAAUAAUGACAGGAAAUCACAUGUAACUUGAAAUUGUCCCCAGUGUUUCCUCUUGUGCCAGACUGUGGAGAAUAGGCUCUAUGACGACAAAGUAAAAACCUUCCACACAAAUGUCUGUACAAAGUUCUAAAAAGCCGUACCUGACGUCCCGGUAGCCAGGUUGGAUAAAUGCUGAGAUGCAAUGUAACUGAAAGAAAGAGUUGUUUUAUUUUUUCAUGUUUUUUUGUUUUGUUUGCCAACGUUACUUUUUCUGAUUCGGCACACGCCCGAGUCUGCUGCAGUAAACAAGUGUUUUGAUUUGGAUUCGGGGGGAAAUGAUGCACGUGUAAAUCAUCCGUUGUAAAGAUGCGUUGGAGAGGCGGCGGUUCUUCCUAGAAUAGGAUCAUUCCAUACCAUUACUAGCUCCCGUGUUCUCUCACUAAACAAGAAAUUGGCCCUUUUUUUGUUUGUUUGUUUUUUGUUCUCGAAGGUUCUUCGUCUGUUUUGUUUUCGGUUCUCUUCUGUUCUCUCAUCCCCACUGGACUGUUUUUUUGUUUUACUUCACUUUAGGACAACUCCACUGUAGAACUCUGAUGUUGUACUUGAGACGUACAGGUCUUAUGAUUCAUGGUGCUGCAUUCUUGUUUUAUUUUCCAAUAAAUUUGAAAUCCAGUUAUGUUCCCCAUACAUGGCUGUACUCAUCUUGUCAUUAUAUAAAUCUGUUUUAUUUUCCUCAGAGCUCAUGCUGAUCAUAUAUAAAUCUAAUAGUGGUGAAAUGCAGGAAGGAAGAAAGGCAAAUAUACUGACUUUAUUUCUAAGCAAAGAUGUGGUUGUUUUCCUGCAGGUUUUUUUUUUUUUUUUUUUUGUCUGACCAAUCCUUGCAUUCCGUGUGGCAUCGAGGGAAAAAAAACGGGAUCUCUGAGGGAGCGUUUGGAUUGUUUAGAAAAUCUAGGUUAUUAAAAAACACAAAAAAGCUGCUAUGUUCUCCUCGGAGAGCUGCUUCCCUUUCCACAGAAUGCUGUAUUUUUUUAUUUUUUACUUUAUAAAUCCUCACAAACUGACUGGUAAAGAAAGAGACGGUUUCUCCCGACCGCCGCUGUGGGACCUCAGACGGACGUUACGGCAGCAGGACUCGCCCUCUCCUCCCUCUCAGACUUUAAUAUUCGGGACCGGAUGUGUCGGGGGAAAAUAACGGCUGCGUUUGUGUGGAAGAAUUCAAGGACCGAGGGGAAGCCGGUGGUUUAACCGGACCCCCGCCCGCCACUACAACCCACCAACCCCUCCCCGACAAACACAGAGGAGGGUACUUAUGUUACAUGAAUGUUUGACAGAUUAAAAAAAAAGAAAAGUUGUGACCCAAAAUUAACCAGCACCUUAAAACGAAAGAGAUACAACCUAAAAGACACAAUAGGACAAUAUGUAUGAUUAUGUGUGAAAUGUGAUAUAGACUUGUAUGGAGAAUAUAGUACACUGAAUUUAUCGCAUGAUAUUUGUUUGUAGGGUCUGAGUGACCAACUUUUGUCCGGACGGUUGGAAGCUAAGCAUCGGCUCCGUUCCUGGGUUCCUCCGAGGAGAGAGAAAAAAAAAAAACAGACGCUGCAUUUUUCUCUUUCUGUUGUUGUUUUGUAAAGAUUCAUUCUCUUGGUUUUUGUUUUAUUUUUACACAGAUCAUAGUAGUAAUUAUUUCAAUUGUUCCCCUCCCAAAAGAUUUAAGAAGCAAGAGAUGUAAUGCAUUUUGAUAAUAAAAAUAAUCAUGAUGGUAAUGUA